UCUUACCUUGUGUGGAGGAUCAAACAUGUAAAUACUUCCUGUAAGUAAAUAGUUCUGGUUAAAAAAAACUAUGGACUCAAGCAGCAUACUUUUGGGAGGCUAGACAAUCCCCGAACCCCAUCAAAUCCCUAACACGUAACAAAAACUUGGUGGCAGCAAGUAAAAGCCUCAACAAAGACUGAAAGGAGCUAUAGGGCUGGCAAGAGAAAAGAGCCUUGAAGGAAGGACAAAAAAAAAAUUCCAUGACUCACUAAGAUGCCGGAACAUUGCAGGAGGAGCAGAGGCAAGCUGUGACACAGUCUCAGAGACCAAACUGCAGAGAGCACGGGUCCAAAACAGCAAGCAGCAGUGGAGAAUCAGGAUCAAACACAGGAACAUUUCCAGGGCUCAGCAGAAACAUGGAAUCCACCCUACCACUUCCAAAAUCAUUUCAGAGUGCAGAAGGCCAACAGCAGACCCAGAAGUAGGACAGCUGGAGAAAACAGAUGCACAGGACUGCUUUAGGAUGACAUGAAAUAAAACAAAGGCCAGGCUUUCAUCCAUUAGAAGCUCCAUAUCAAGUGGCCAGGCCCUAUCCAUUUAGGACUCUUUACAGCUGCUGGAGAUCGACCUUCAUCGUUCCGUCUGGGUUCUCAGAAUGAAUGGGCCAGGCCAGCUGAGUCAUUUCGUAUGUAUGUCCCAGAGAAUGCAAGAUGUGACCGGUGAUGGUGGUGUAUUAAAAGAAGUUCUUAGGCCUGGAUCAGGCAGUGUUAUCCCAUCUACUGCUUCAGUUUCUGUUCAUUACAGUGCCUACAGUGAAUAUACAGACAAACCCUUUGACUCCAACGUGCAGAGGGACGUGCCAAGGUUCAUGAAACUCGGUCGAGAUAUCACACUGCCCGGUAUGGAACUGGCAAUACUGACAAUGAGGAAGGGUGAAUUCUCCCGAUUUCUUUUCAAGCCACAGUAUGCAUAUGGGCCAAUGGGCUGCCCCCCACGGAUCCCAGAAAAUGCCACCGUAAUGUUUGAAUUGGAGAUCCUGCAUUUUCUGGACACCUUGGAGUCUGAUGAAUACUUCAUACUAUCACAGAAGGAGCAGAUUAAUUAUCCAUUGGAGAAGCUACUGAAAGUAGCCAAUACGGAGCGGGAGUUUGGAAACUAUUUUUUCCAACAGCAACGGUACGAGGAUGCAAAGGACCAAUACAAGAAGGCUCUAUCAGUGUUUGCUUGUCGCCAUGAAGCUGAUGAGGAGCAGAAGCAGAAAAGUUACUCUUCCAAAUUGUUGCUGUACCUGAACCUGUCAUUAGUCAGUCUAAAGUUGAAUGCACCAAGCCGUGCUCUGGUUUAUGGGGAGAGAGCUCUACAGAUUGAAAGCAAGAACCCCAAAGCACUGUUCAGGUGUGGCCAGGCCUGCAUGCUGAUGCUGGAAUACGACAAAUCCAAGGAUUUUCUGCUGAGGGCACAGAAACUGGAGCCAUUCAACCCUGAUGUGAACAGUGCCCUGGUGAAGCUGGACAGCUGCUAUCGAGAGUGGAACCUGAAGGAGAAGGAGAUGUGUAGCAAGAUGUUUGCUGCCUGGGAACCUGCAGCAGUGAAAGACUAAGGACUCCAACCAAUCUGCUGGGUGAUCCAAUAAAGGAGUGGGACCCGAUUACAGUAAAAGUAAAUCCUACAAAUGUUUAAAGUAAAACACACAUUUCAAUAUGUUAAAAUAUUUCACAAAACUGAAGUUAAUUGUUUUCUACACGUCUCAUUUUGGGUAACACCUCUUUGUGUGACCAAUUCUGUUUGCUGAAAGCUGGCUGAAACCAUGUAUGAAAGUCGAUAAUGAACCGUGUAGCUGCUGACACCAGAUUCUUCACGUUCAUUCACUCCAUGUUUUCUUUCAGAAAUUGUUGAGAUUAGUGGUUCAUUACCAAAUAGUAAAAUUAGAGAUAAAAUUACUUGGUAACAUUUGUAGCAGUGAAUGGUAGUGAACAUUCCUAACUGGAAGCAUGACCACUUUAAUAUGAUUUGA